GGGCUGGGCUCACACUGAGCUGUUGUGUCUCUCUGGCUGUCACUCAGCUCGCUGUUUCACCUCCAUCGGACGCACCAGCACGAACAGGACACCUAUCAGCCAACAUGAACCUUUUCUGCUUUUCGCUGGAGGGGUCUAUGGACAGCCUGUAUGAGGCGGUGCAGAGCUCCAGUGAUGGUCCGCCACCGCCCAUACCCAGCCGCUCCUCCAGCCGCUCAUGCAGCCGUUCCUGCAGCCCAGCGGUCCUGUUGGAUGACAACACAAAGUGGCGAGGCUCUGGGAGAUCUAUUUCUAUGGAGAUGCCUCAGAUGCAGGGGACCAACUCUAAUAAAAAGAAAAGAAGAACACAUAUAUCCAAAUCUGCAUCAGAUAAUGAAACACUGGAUAACCCCGGCUGUAAUACUGCUGUUUGGCAUCCUGCCAAGAGCCGAGAAGAUUUAGUCCACAUCACCAACAAUCACAAUGAAGAGAUGAGGAAGACUAAACACAGAACAGAAACCAAAGAAGCGAAAGGACCUCAUCAUCCUGGCACAAAGAAAAAGGAGAAACAGCCCUCAAGCCAGAGUGUCCAUGCCAAUGGCGUGGCGACAGAGUCUAAACCUGCUGUCAAAAGAAGCCAAAAGCCUGGAAAGAAACCAGGUGGAAAGAGUGGGAAAGAAGGGUCAAAGAAAUGUCACAACUCGACAGUGCACUACCCACCAUGCGCUAAGAGUCCAUCUAUGGGACCCCACUACCUAGACGUUCCAUACAGGUCAGACAGGAAGCCCUACCUAGGCAAGUCCUCCAUCCUCCCCACUCAGGAGAACGCAACCCCGGGCCGAUGCAAAGACAUGGCCACCCUCCCUGGUGGAGCGAUGCCCACCCACACCCACCACCAGCGCUGGAGCAACCCAGGUGACAGCAGUCCUGCCUGGGGGACCAUCCAGCACACCUGUCGGAGGCCGCUCACAGAGUAUCGUGUGUACUCCCAUGACUUCACCACGUCCCAUGGGAAGGAAGACAGCAGCCAUGCCCCAUGGGAAGGAAGACAGCAGCAGGCCAUGGCCCAGGAUGACAGCUUGAAACGGGACUGUAAACCCCAGAUUCCCCCAAAGGUGCCGCGAUCUUUCACAGACGUGGAUCUAUCAGAACCAAAUCGCUCCACGAGCUUCGGCAGGUUUGAGGGUCUCAGACAUCACUCGUCACAAGCCAAACCAGAGGAAAAUGGAACAGCUACUACGCUCACAGAAGAAUGUGAGAGUUUGGACCAAAACAAAUCAGCUGGACUUGGGAAGAAGAUGAAGGCAAUUUCACUGACCAUGCGCAGAAAAAUGGGCAAAAAGCAUGCCAAAUCUUUUUCUGAGGAGACAGGUGAUGACACAGACAAAGACCCAGAGGCAGAGACAGAGAGUGUCCCUCCAGCUGAGAAAAACUCUGCAAAGACAAGCAACUCCUUAGAGAGUCUUUACAGUGGCCAGAGCUCCUCUAGUUCAGGUGGUGUGACCAGUGAGUCCAAUGGUUCUGGUCAGAGAGACAGUCUGAGGCUGGAGGAGGACGGCUCCUAUCAGGGACAGUUCAGUGGCAGAGCUCGCGUCCACACGGACUUUGUUCCCAGCCCAUAUGACACAGAUUCCCUCAAACUCAAGGUCGGCGACAUUAUCAACAUCAUCAGUAAGCCUCCGAUGGGCAUCUGGACCGGCAUGCUAAACAACAAAGUGGGCAACUUCAAGUUCAUCUAUGUAGACGUUUUGGUGGAGAAAGACGAAGAAGAGGAAGUUCCCAAGAUCAGACAACAGAAGCUGUGCAAAAGACCUCGGCCUAAAACAUUGCUGGAGUUACUGGAGCGACUGAAUCUCGAGGAGUACGCCUCUGCCUUGCUGCUAAAUGGCUACCAGACAGUGGAGGACCUGUUGCACCUGCAGGAGAAACACCUGAUAGAGCUGAACGUCAAAGACCCCGAGCACAGACGCAGGCUUCUCACUGCUGCUGAUUACCGCUACACAGAAGCAGGUGAUGAUGUCAGGGAGGCGGAGGAGCUCAGAUCGUCCCACAGCCUGCUGGAAGAAGACAGCGACUGUCCCAGAGACUCGGGCUGCUUCAUCCCAUCUGAAUGUUCAGACAGCAAGGAGGACGCAGAGCAGCUCACAGACGCUGUGGACUCUUAAUGUGACAUGUCACGCGGAUGCUUUGACAUUUGGAAUUCAGAGUUGGGUAUUUUCUUAUGACUGAUGGUUUCAACAAUCAUCCUAUAAUUUUCUCAAAAUGUCAUGUUAGUAUCCCUUAUUCCAACAAGCUAGACACAAGCUUGGCUAAUGUAGAAGCUUUUUAAAAGUGUGAUAUAUAUAGGAAGAACAAACAACCAAUAUUCCAAAUGUCAUCUUAUCCAUUUGCCACUUUAUCAAUAUAAUAAAGUCGUAAGAUUUCAUGAGUUUUUUUAUUUUAUGUUGUUGAAAAAGUUCAUUUCAUUGAUUGUAUCACUUGUAUUUAUUGCAUUCUAAGUCAUUCAGUGUUUUUCCAUAUAAAGCCUUUAUUUAUCACAUCUGCAAACCUUUGUCGUUUCUCAUCAAAUCCAAUCUCAGUUCAACAUCCAGUGUAAUCUUUGUUUUUUCGAUGAAUGAAGUGAUAUUGGUGAAGCUGUGUUUUUGAAACGUAGUGUCUGGGUAUGAACAAUGCAUAUUCAGAUCUUGCCUAUAUUGUAUACUGUGUACAGGAAAACAUGUAUGUUAUUUUCUGAACGUGUGUGUGUGUGUGUGUGUGUGAAUGAGAGUGUGUGUGUGAGAGAGAGCCUGCAUGUGCACUCAUGUGAAAGUCAGCAUUCAACUGUUUUCACAACUUUUUGUAAAUAAAGUCAAAGAAAUAUAAUCAAAUAUGA